GCUUCAGAAAGUGGCUGUGUUUAAUUGCCAUUAGGCACAGGAACAUGAGGUGCUAUUAGUGUUAUCUGCUCUGAAUGAACUGCUGAAAUAUUCGAGGAGGUUUUGUGUUAAGAUGGAGUGAAGGACUUGGUGCCUGUAGGCACAUCUGGGAGUGAUGGUGUCUGGCUCCUCUCUCAGGUGAGGUUUUUGUGCCUGUGAGGUCUGGGUGAUUUUGAUUUAUUGGGAAUGUUAUCAUGUAACAUAACAAAGGAUUGUGAGUCUGCCACUGCUGAUCCUAUUUAAAUUAAAAGACUACUUGUUUCAGUACCUUUCCACCAUCUGCACAAGAAAUAGAACCCUCUGAGAAGAUAAAUAAUCUGGUUUUAUUUCUACUUGACAAAAUUAUGGCUUUUAAUGUGGAAGUGCUAAGCCUUUAUGUACUGUGGAUUAACAGAGUGAGUGAUCUGAAACAUGGAGAUCUCUUGGUGAUGAGUUCUCUUUAUUUGGCAAUGCUGGAAUUGAGACUUUUGGAAAGUAUUCCUAAAGCUUUCAGGGUAGUUUAAUUGUCUCUUGACAAGGUGGCUUCUCAUGAAUUCUCUCAUCAUUGAUGACACAGCUCAUUUUGUUGAGAGUUUGUGAUUUAUGUAAAACCAUAAGGGGCCUGAUUGUCUAUUGCCAAGUAAGUGGUAAUGUCACUUACAUCCCCUUUGUGUUACCAUAAUCCAUUGCUUUGGGAGCAUUUGGAAUGCACCUGAUGCAAGACAAACCUGCCACAUGGAGCAAGAAAAGUUUCAAAUUCAGCGUCUCCCAACACUUUUCAGGUUAAAACUAAAGCAGAACCUCACUUCAGUGGAAACCCAGCAUGCCUGGGGGUUUUGUCCUCCAAAUCCCCCUCCUUUCACCCAACUCCUGCUAGGAAUCCUUGCUGAUGUUGCUGGUGCCCAAAUUUACCCCAGAGCUGGAAUUCCAGAGGCUUCCAUGCACUGUACCUGCUGUAACCACAACUAUGUGGCAAUAACAACAGCAGCAUGAACUUUGUUGUGGAGGGGCAAUAACUUCUUUUUUCAUCAGUUCCAGCACUCCGAGGCUGAGGUUAAAGUCCUUUUCACCAAGUCCUGCUGUGAAAUGUGGCUGUGUGGGCUGGGGAGCCUUGCAGUGGAAUUGAUCUAGGAAUGAGUCCAAUGCUCAGACUUGCAGAGGCAUCCUGUUUCCUUUUGAGAGCAGGGAAGGAGGACAAAUUUCUGUGGGGGCUGAGCCUUUUGUGAUGGGAUGGAGCAGAUCUGGUGUGUGAGAAGCAAUACUCAAAGUACCCAUCUCCUCUGCUGCUCUCUGGGUUCAUACAGCGAGUUUGUGGUGACUUCUGUAUUUAAAGAUUCUCUGGCAGACAGUUCUCACUCUGCUCAUACAAAUUGCUGAUUUGGAGCAAAAUUGCUCUGAUAAUUUCUUGUGUCCUCGGAAUUUGUGCUGACAUCUUUUCUCCAAAUACUUCUGUAUGUGUCCCUUUUUGGGGAACAGAGGCAGGAGAAACUGGGAUCCAAAUGCACAGCUGCUCCUUACUGCUGCUGCCCACUGCUGUGGCUUUUGUAGUUCAGAAUAAAGGUUUUGAGGGACCUUGUGACCUCUGUGAGGUCCCAUUGCAGCUCCCUGAUUCUCCCUGGGGCAUAACUAGACUGUUAAUUAUUUGGGUUGGAGGCCCAAAUCCCCCUCUGUGUGGUACCAGUGGGCUACUGGUUAAAAAGGCAGAGUCUCCUUUAUUUCCCUGACAUCUCCUGCUAUGUUUAGCUGUUUAUUUCCUUCCCAUUUUGCUAAUGCUGGUGUUCGUGCAGACACAUGGUGAGACAGAUUAGGCAGCUGAUCCAGCUGAAAACUAACCCAUUUUAGUGAGGGAGUGGGAAAGGAUUUAUUUGGGGACUUUUGCUGGCUCAGAGAGAAGAAAUAGGAAUGAGGGGAAGGGAAAGAUGCAGCAGCCUGUGCUCAUGUUGGAUUAAAGUGGCUCUGGGCCCACACCCAUGGUUGUUGUUGUAAACUGGGUGUAAAUCUCUGCUGAAUGAUUCCAGGCUCCUUUCAGCCUUGAUUUUGAACCUGCAUGGGAGCUCUGCUGUCUCCCUGUCCUUCUGGAACCCAGGGACUGGCUGCACUGAGUCUGCCCCUCUGCUCUGUGAUGCAGGGCUCUGACUGACCCAUGUUGUGGUGGCAGGGGAGUACCUGUGAAAUUCACACUGAUUGGUUUCUCUUGUUUGUUUCCCCAGGUGAUUUCUCUGGCCAGCUUUUAGCUUAUUUGAGUCUGGGUCCAAUAUUCAUUAUUGUUGGCUUUGUAACACUCAUCAUAUUCAAGAGAGAGCUUCACACGAUCUCUUUCUUGGGAGGGCUGGUGUUCAACGAGGCAGUGAACUGGUUAAUAAAAAAUGUAAUCCGGGAGCCUCGGCCGUGCGAAGAAGCCCAUUCUACAGUGACCACAAAAUAUGGGAUGCCGUCCAGCCACUCCCAAUUCAUGUGGUUUUUCUCUGUCUAUUCUUUUCUGUUCCUUUAUUUAAGAAUGCACCAAACAAACAACGCGAGGUUUCUGGAUUUGCUCUGGCGACACGUGCUGUCCAUCUGCCUCGUCACAGUGGCUUUGCUAGUCUCAUAUAGUAGGGUUUAUUUGCUUUACCACACCUGGAGCCAAGUCCUAUAUGGAGGUGUGGCAGGAAGCAUCAUGGCCAUAGCCUGGUUUGCCUUCACACAGGAGAUCCUGACUCCCCUCUUCCCGAGGAUAGCUGCGUGGCCAAUUUCAGAGUUCUUUUUAAUCCGAGAUACCAGCCUCAUUCCUAACAUCCUGUGGUUUGAAUACACAGUCACAAGAGCAGAAGCAAGGAACAGACAGCGCAAGCUGGGGACGAAGCUGCAGUGACCGGGAGCAGGGCGCUGUAAUGGACAGACAAGAGCAGAGACCUGGGAGCAGCAAGGAGCCUUUUUACAGACGGACCAAAGGAACAGGCAGGGACCAUACCCAAAACCUGAAAGCCUUUGCUCUGCUUUAGCAGCUAAGCUGGAUGCUCCCUGAUGCAUGUGGGACCGUGCAGGAGUAGAAACUCAUUUUGAACACAGAUGCACAUGGUUGGAUGUACCAUCGUGUCUACGUCAGGGGAGGGGGGAGAAAAUGCCUGGUGUCGUGUUCGGGGGAGGGAAAACCAAAAAUGAAUCCUUUCUGUGACUUUUUUUUUCAGCAUGAAAUAUACACACUAUUUAUUUAUUUUUUUAAAUGGAACUAUUGUUUAUGGGGUGGGUGAGGCGUUGAUUGUGUGUUUUGCUUUUUUUUUUACUUUUUCUUUUUGGAAGAAGAUGACAAAACUAUAAUCUCAAGUUGGUCAUGUUUAAUUAGGGCUUCUAAUUCUUACAUGGUUCUUAGGAGGGAGGGGAUCUAGGAGGGGUGACCAAGACAGAAGGAAGAGGAAGACUUUCCUUUCUGCAGUCAGUUUGGGAGAUCAAAAUCAAUUCCAACUGUACUUUGUACAGACAAAAAGACAGACUAUAAAGAUCUGAUUUUUAACACUAGUGACAGUUCUGCAGGGAAUCCUGCAUGGAUACCAGUUAAGGGGAGUGUGUGUGUAAAACAAAGGAAAAACACAAAUAUACUGACUCUUUAUUUUUUUUCCACUGCUGCUCCUGUUGUGUAAUUAGCAAGAGUGUCCUUUUCAGAAUCUCUUCCAGGUGGCAAGAUUAUCAUACAUAUCUCACAUUUAUUCCAUCUCUUCCUUUAUACUUUUAUUAUCUCAGGGUUGCUGUGAUCAGUACAGCUUUUGUUGUGCUGAGUGUGCUGAGGGCACUGGGAAGCCCAUUGGUUGUAAGCAGUGCUGUGCUCCAGUGAGAGUCAGCCCAAAGCCUUACAAAAUUCAGUUGCUGGUCUCUGUCUUAAGCACUGGAUUUUUUUUUUUUUCUGUUAAAGCUUAAGGGAGGGAUUUUUAUGAAUGAACAUAGUGACAACCACAAAAGAACAAGGCAAAUGACUAAUAACUAGCUCAGCUGCUCUCUGAAUUAUUCCUUGAAGAGCCCUAUUAGACUCCAUCCAUGAACUCUGAGUAGGGAAUUUAUCCUAGCAGAGGCUCCAUCACAGUGGCUUGGUUGGGGUUCUGCAGCUGUAACCUUGAAUGCUGAACUCCUACCAGCCAGUUUUGCUCUCCAUCCUUCUUCCAUGGCGGUUGUGGCGCUCUGGGUGCUGUGUCUCUGUGGGAGUGUGCCUGCCAUCUCUGUGUGCUGGUGAUGCCUCCGACCUCUGUGAGCCAUCAGUGACCUGCCAAGGGCUAUUCUCACAGUGCUUCAGGGCUGUGCAUGGACACUUUCUGUAUUUCUAGUAUAUAAUGCAGCAGUUCAAGUGUAACUACAGAGAAGUAUUUAUUCAAAGCACAAUUGACUUGAACUUUCACAGAUAAAGGACAGCUUCUGAACUGGCUCAAAGGUCAUCGGUGUGCCUUCGAUGCAGUCAUGAGCAGAGGUAAAAUGACUGUCACAUCUCAGUCUUGCUGCUUGUUUUACUAUCUCCACUUUAAUCAGACUCCUGCAUUAUAAAGCUGCUUGAAGUCAGAUUUUGUUUUUUUUUUCUGUUCAUCCUGGUUAUUUUUUUUUUUAAGUUUUCAUCUGUGCCUGUUGCUAUAGGAGUUUGUGUGUUUGUGUGGAGCUGCUGUUGGACACUCAGAGUGUAAACUGUAGAAAGUGAUCCUGAUUCAGGAGAUCAGGAAUGAAGGCUGUUUAAAUUUCUGUGUUUAAAUAGCUACGGGUAGUAAAUUAACUGUUUUCAGUUGGUACAGCAAGUAUAUAUAUAUAUAAAUUUUUUAAGAACUGUUUAGCAUAACAUAAGCAAUCCUGCAACAUCUGAAGCACUGGGUGUGCUUUGAAGGUGCAUCAUAAUUAAGAGGCAUCUUGCAGCUUUCACAAGGACAUUUGAUCUGCCUUAGACCAGCUCUGUUGGCAUGAGACAGACAUCAGGCAGGUCCCGUGACAUGGUGGUACCAUAUGUUUCACUUUGAAAACUGGUACUUAUGUCUUGCAAAACCAUUCAUUUUCUCUUUAUAUCUUUUGUAAGUGCACUGACAAAGCCAGAACAGAGAUCACACCUCUCUUCCAAGGUUGCUGAAGGAGUGGAUUGUUUCAGGAGUGGCUUAGCACUUCCCCAGCCUCUCGAGCUGUUACAACAGACUGCUGGAAAAAAUAAAUGUAUGGAAACACCUACUGAGCAUAGGGAAGAGGGUUCAUCUCCUCAUGGAGAGCAGUGCAGUGUAAAAAGCUGUUCCACUUCAUGUUGCCUUCAAACCCAAGCUUCCUACAGUAAUUCUUAGGAGUGAGGGAGAGAAAGAAGAGCUCUUGUAAGACACUGUAAUAAACUCUCCUCUGUUCUCUAUAAGUUGUUUGUAAUCUGCAUCUUCUGCCUACUUUUGCUGUACCUUUUCAGAAAUCUUUGCAAUACUUGAUAUAUGGUAGAAAUUCCUUAGUGAUUCCAUGGAUUUUCUUAACUAAAUGGUGCUGUGCAGGAAAAAGAUUUGAGCUCUGCCUUAUUAUCCUACACUUGUAUGAAAUCUCCUGCCACUAGUUUUCUGAAAUUGAAUGUUUUCUUUGGAAUAUGUGGCUUUGCAAGCAGAUGCUUUCUCUUCCUCCCCUGUACUCAAGGGGGCUGGAUGGAGAUAUGACAAUAAAAGGAAGGUGACAGAA